UAAACCUUCACUUUUUUUUGUGCCAAGUCUGUUUAUUUUAGCAUCGCCAGAAGCGCUAUUUUUCGGAGGCUUCUGUUCAUUUUGGGGUUUUUUUUUUCCUGAAUAAGAUGGUCGUUUUGACGGACAACAAUGAAGAGCAGGAUUAUAUCCUGAUCGAGGAGCGUAAGUGCGCCUCACUGCCCAGCUCACCGGCCAAGCGAGUGUCUCCCGCCAAAAAGAAGCAGUUUUAUAUCAACCAAGCCAUCCGUAACUCCGACCUCAUUCCCCGGGCUAAAGGCAAAAAGAGCCUCCGCCGACAGGAGAACACACGUUUUCUCGCAAACCUUCUUGAGAAGGAAGAGUGCUCCAAAGAUGAUCUGGAGGUUUGCAGUAACCCGGCCAUCCCAUCCAUCUUCACUGAAGCUUGCACCAAUGGGAACUACAUAGAGCCGUGGAAUGACUUCAUGAAUUGCUCCGGUGAGGAGCAGGAGAGGCUCCUGUCUCUGCUGGAACAGGAAGGUGCCAAGAAGAAAAACGCCAACCAGCUCGUCAAAGACCAGAGGAAUGUAAAUCCUGCCUUCAGUGCACAGGACUGCUUCCUGAGAAUCGAUCGCAGACUGCGAGCGACUCUGAGACGGAAGCAAGUCCCCAUUGGAACGCUUGAAGUCCUGGAGGAAAACCUUUUGAGCUUCUUCAAUGAUCAACCUCGCUCUGUUUACACGAUGAACCUCACCAGCAGCUUUGAGAGACUUCUGCUUCAUGCCGUCUGCCAGUAUAUGGACCUCCUCUCUGCAAGCACAGACUACAAUGGGUCGCGUCGGACUGAAGUGGUGAACAAACAGGAAGAGUUUCUGCCUCCCGGACUUCUGCUGUCUGCCUACCUGGAGCAGAUGAGCUGAGCCCAGCACGUCACGCCGGUUCUCUGGGUUCCCGCACAAGGCUUUCACGCUUUGUGAAUUGUACAUACUGAGGCAUGGUUUGUACGCAGCGUCUGAAAUGUCCACCGAGCUCAGCGAACGGAGCUGGAAACAUCUCCGGUUUCUGCAGUAAAUUUUCCAUUGAUUAUCCCCAUAAUCACAUCACACUUCAUAACUGCAAGGUGUCAGAAUUAAAGCAUGUCCUGAAAGUUGCAUGUCAGUGUGCAGUCCUGUUAAUACGUUGCAGUUAGCAUGCACUGCAUUACACACAGACUGGCAAGGUGUAAUUCAGACAGUCUAAAAAUAACUCGUGUGCAGAGAAUAACCCUCGCAAAGUUGGUAAACUGACCUCAACACUCACACCAACCUCGAGACAAAUGUCCAGUCUUCCAUGUCACUGGGGAAGACCUGAAAACUACAGCCUUUUCUCCAUCCAACACUGUUUUCAAACAGCUCUCCAGUCACUUUUGUGUUUUUACACACGGGUGCUGGACGGUGGUUUGACCUUGUGUCUGUAAGCUCAGCUAAAUGUACAAUUCGUGUUAUCACCUCUGCUGAGGAGUUUAUGUCUUCAGUAGGAUUUGUUUGCCGGUUAGCAACACAAGUCAAAGAGCUAUGGAUCAUGUUGACAUUUUUAGUUUGGGGAUGGUUAAAUUACAUUUAAUAAGAGGAAGUGUUUGUGAUUGUAACAUGAGAGCAUCAUGCAGUAAAGAAAACCCAGAGCUAGAGUACUAGUAGUACUAAUAGUUUCAUCAAAGCUGGCUCUGCCCACAAUUUAUAUUGGACAGUGUGGUAAUGUAAACGGUCACUGAACUUCACUUACAGCUGCACAUCAUCUUAAUGCAGCAACUGCCUUGAAUAUUGUAGGAAAUAAUGGGAAAUUUACUGUACGAACUCUGAGCUCAUCAAUUCUGACUGUAAGAAGCUUGAGAUGCCGAUAAAAUUACCAAGUGUUAUGGUGCUCCUCUGAAAUCACUGCCUGAGCAACUAGUCUAUAGGAUUUCUCAGUACAAAGAAUUGAAGCAUGGUCAUUAGUGAGCAGUCUUUAUGCAGACACUCAGUGUAAGCAUAGGUCUAUCUUUUUUUUCUCUUUUUUUUUUUAAUUGUUGCUUGGGAUGCAAUUUUUUUCUUUUACAGUUACUCGUUUUAUGUAAAAGAUCCUUCAAAGUGAAUUUAGGUCUGUUUUUGAAUUGGUACAUCUGUUUCUGCUGGCUUAGUCUGUGCCUGAUGGACCAACACCUUCUUUACAACGCACACGUCUCAGUCAUCGCUGGAGAAGCGAUGGACUGAAAACUAAACAGUGACACAACCAGUUUAAAGGGGACUUAUUUUCCUGUUCUGUAUUUUCAGAUUUAUCUGUAGUGGUGGUUGAUUUGGUGUUCAUGUGGCCAAAAUGUCCAAUUAUGAAGACAAACUGCAAAGUUGAAGCUUAUCUGUGACACUUAUGGAGCUUUUUUUUUUUUUUUUUUUUUUUUUUUUAGAUUUGUUCAUUUUAUGGUCAUCAACUUUUCCAUAUUUCAGUGUCCAUCAACACAAUGAGGAUAGUAUCAGUUACAGGGAUAAAAGAUCAGCUAAUGAUGUGUUUAUUGUAAGCUGUGGUAAACGUCCAACUAGUGAGAGAGAAAUCAUUUUUCACACUGUCAGAAUUUAAUUUCUCAGUGGGACGUUUUCAUGCAGAUCGAGCAUUUAUUUUGUUCUGCGCCAUUUGAUGCAUAUUACAGUAAAAACUGUUCAAAUAAUUUCCCAGCUACAAAUUAUGCAUGUCAUUAAAGUAUAAGUGAAGGGAAUACACAACAUUAACUUGCCAGCAAGGUUUUCAUCCUUGUGUUGGCUCGCGAUUGUCAUUUUUACCUGCAGGUUAUGUCUUCGCAGGGACUACAGAAAUGCCAGUCUAAUUGAUUUGUUGGAUAUGAAAAACACAAAAGGAACUAAAUAGGUCUCAUUUAAGUGUAUCCACCUGACCAGCUGUUGAUGCCUCGCGUAUAAGUCUGUGUUUCUACAUCAGAUCAAAAUGCUUCCUGGUCACCGUCGGAGCAUCUUCUCACAGCAGUGCUUAGGACGCCCUGUGUGGAGGAGGCUGGUGUAGAGCUGUUGUUACGGCACAGUAGUUUAGAUACGAUGUUGAUGGUUCACCAGUUUUCGGUGAAUAUACAAAGAUAAGGAACUCUUUAGAUGCAUUUAAGGAUUUUUCCUCUUCUGGUUUCAACUAUGUGUUUUAUAAUGGCAUGAAAAUAACCACAUUUAAGGUUUAAGAAUAACCUCAGUUUUCUCUCUCAGGUUGUUUAAUCUUAAAUGUUCACAUACACGGUUCUGGAUAAGGACCUCUGCCUUCUCAACUACAGUUUCUCACUUUGCUCUGUACAUUUACGUCUACAUUUGUAUUGCCUGGAUUUUGGAAUCAUGUGUAUCCAGGUUAUUUAAUGUAAAGAAAAUUGCCAUCAGCUGUUUUUUCCACUGUCAUUAGCAGUGUAACCAACCUUGAUCUGUUGGUGCAUUUUAACAACAACCAAAGUUUGUGAGUGGGUUACGUGAAAAUCCAACUUCUCAGGCUUUUAAAAUGUCACUCUGAAUGUCAUGUAGUCAGUUCCUGUGUACUGUACGCUCUGUUGAGUUUGUUUGAAUUCUGUUGGCUCAACACACUGCAGGGUGCUGCCGACGUCUUAAUACCUUGAUGUAGUUGUGCUGUAAAUAUCAAAUUCAAUUGAUUUGUGCCAAUGUUUGGAUUAAAAAUGCCUAAACAGUCUAAGAGCUUUAUACAGUUAUCUAAAGUGGGUGUGUGUGUGUGUGUGCGUAUGUGUGUAUAUAUAAUAUGUUCAUAUUUAUAAUUAUCACUGCAGCUGUUGAAGAUAUUUUCUCACUUUACUGUAAACUUUUUUUUCUUCUAAAUGCCGAAAGCCAUGUCUGAGAACACAACUUUAAUAAAUUUUACAU